AUGGCCACUGCAAGCAGCUCGUUCAUCCUGGUGCAAUUGUUGGCCAUCUCACUGUCCGUUCUAGUUACUGGUGUCGCUUCUGCUUCUUCUUCUUCCCCAGGCCCAAGUCCAACUCCCAACAUCAACGGGAGCGACACUGACCUCGCCGCGCUGCUGGCUUUCAAAGCUCAGCUCUCGGAUCCUCUCGGCAUCCUUGCCAGAAACUGGACAACCAACGUGUCCUUCUGUCGCUGGAUCGGCGUGUCAUGCAGUCAGCUUCAGCAGCGCGUUACUGCGCUGUCGCUGAGAAGUGUGCCAUUGCAAGGAGAGCUCAGCCCACAUCUCGGUAACCUCUCUUUCCUCAUGCAGCUCAACCUCAUAAACACCAGCCUCUCCGGCACAAUUCCCGCCGAUCUUGGUAGGCUGUCUCGGCUUCGGAAACUAGAUCUCCAUAAAAAUGGCCUCUCAGGCGCCAUUCCUAGUACCAUUUUCAACAUGUCACUGCUGCAAUUCAUGUCACUCGGACAUAACAAUCUAACUGGGUCGAUUCCUAGCAAUCAAAGUUUUAGCCUACCGGUGCUUCGGAAGUUAAUCUUGGAACAAAACAACUUUGCAGGUGGGAUACCACUAGAGCUUUCAGCGUGCCAGCGCUUGCAAACUCUCUCUUUGACCCACAAUUCUUUCUGUGAUACUGUGCCAACGUGGUUGGCUGAACUGUCACAGCUCAAAACUAUUUUCUUGGGAAGAAAUCACCUUGUUGGAUCUAUCCCAGCUGUUCUUAGCAACCUUACCGGUCUUACUAAACUAGACCUCUCUUUCUGCAACCUGACCGGUGACAUUCCAACUGAAUUAGGCCUAAUGAGAGAACUCUCGAUUCUGCAUCUCGGAAACAACCAGCUAGCAGGUCCAAUACCAACCAGUCUCACAAAUUUAUCUAAGAUGUCUGACCUUAUUCUGCAAAAAAAUCAGUUGUCUGGACCAGUACCAGCAACAUUUGGGAACAUCCGAGCUCUGAACACACUUGAACUGUCAGAUAAUAAUUUGAACGGAAACCUUGACUUCCUGUCCUCCCUUUCCAACUGUAGACAACUCCAGGUGCUUGACAUAACUUCAAAUUCUUUCAGUGGGGGACUCCCAGCAUUACCAGCUGAUGUUAGUGGACUAAAACUGGUAAAUCAAAUUGAAAUAUCUUCCAACAUUUUGACUGGAAAAAUUCCUGAUUCAUUUGGACAGCUUAGGAUGCUCGCUCAGCUAGAUUUAUCACACAACUCAUUUGAGGGCACGAUCCCAGAUUCGUUCCAAGAGCUGACCAGCUUAGCAUCACUCAAUAUCUCCUCCAACAAUCUAUCUGGUACCAUUCCCAUGUUUCUUGCCAAUUUCACCUCCUUGACGACCUUGAAUCUCUCCUUCAAUAAGCUAGAAGGCAAGAUACCAGAGGGAGGCAUUUUCUCAAACAUCACCUUGACAUCACUGAUUGGGAAUGCUGGCCUAUGUGGUUCUCCUCGUCUAGGAUUUUCACCAUGUCUUGAGAAGUAUGACUCAACUGACAGACAUUUGCUAAAAUUUCUACUCCCUGCUGCCACCAUAGCAUCUGUUUCUAUUGUUCUCUGUGUUUACCUAAUGAUCAAAAGGAAACUCAAAAACAAGAGAGUCCAUGCCUCUGUUGCUGAUCCAAGUGAUGUCAUGAGACAUAGGUUAAUCUCCUACCAUGAGCUUGUUCGCGCCAGUGAUAAUUUUUCUGACAAUAACCUGUUGGGGACUGGUAGCUUUGGAAAAGUUUUCAAGGGCCAACUGAGCACCGGUUUGGUGGUUGCAAUAAAAGUUCUUGACAUGCAGAAGGAACAAGCAAUUAGAAGCUUCGAUGCUGAGUGCCGUGUGCUUCGCAUGGCUCGACACAGGAAUCUGAUAAAGAUUCUAAACACCUGCUCCAACCUGGAUCUUAGAAUAUUGGUGCUUGAGUACAUGCCCAAUGGAAGCCUGGAUACGGUCCUUCACGCUGAAGGCAGAAGGCACUUGGGGUUCCUCAAGAGGCUCGAUAUCAUGCUAGAUGUGUCGAUGGCGAUGGAGUAUCUACACCAUGAGCACCACGAGGUGGUCCUGCACUGUGACUUGAAGCCUACCAAUGUGCUAUUUGAUGAUGACAUGACAGCGCAUGUAGCGGACUUUGGAAUAGCGAGAUUUCUAUUGGGUGAUGAAAACUCCAUGAUCACCGCAACCAUGCCUGGAACACUUGGGUACAUGGCACCAGAGUAUGGAUCUCUAGGAAAGGCAUCACGCAAGAGUGACGUGUUCAGCUACGGGAUCAUGCUCCUUGAAGUUUUCAUCGGAAAGAGACCCACGGAUCCGAUGUUUGAUGGAGAACUGAGCAUCAGGCAGUGGGUUCAUCAGGCAUUUCCAUCUGAACUUGCAUCUGUUCUAGAUGACCAGCUCCUGCGGGAAGCUUCUUCUACCUGCAACCUGAAUGAUUCUCUUUUGCCAAUAUUAGAGCUGGGAUUGCUCUGCUCAAGUGACUCGCCUGAACAAAGGAUGUCAAUGAGUAGUGUGGUGUCCAAACUGAAGAAGAUCAAAAAGGAUCACGAAAAACGACAUCAGCAACAAUGAAGAGCGCUGCCCAGUAACUGAUCGCCCUUAUUUGUAUGCUGUGUCUGAUUUUCUGUUCUGUUCGUUUGUUUCUGAUGCAGUAGAACUGUAGAAGAGCAACAUCAGCUGGAAAUUGAACUUUUGCUGCAUUUUGCCUAUUCUUUUUCCUUAGUUCUCAUACCUCGUCG